GCAGAUCCCCCGAUCGCGCGGGCCAACCACAGCUACGCAUACCUCAGCCAGCACAUACCGCUGCGUAGCACCAGCAAGCUGCUCGAAGACGACGCACGUCAACUGCAGGAUGCAGAACGCACCGGCUCUGCGCAGCAAGCACGCGCCAAGCGCGCGCAGUCGACCGGUCGGGCGGCCACCGCUGCAGCAGCUCCUCGCAAUGAUCUCAACCUCACGGACAUGGGGAAGCACGCGCACAUGUCCGACCCCUCGCAGUCAUGGCACGGCGGCGGAGGCUGGGACCCCCAGCAGUCAUGGGAUUCGUGGAUGAGCGACCCAUGGCCAGAGCGCAG